GAUUUCAUUCGGUGGGUGGUUCUUUUCCUGCGUGGUGGUGGAUAAUUCAUUCUGUUGUGAAAAAGAAAAGAAAAAGUCAAUCAGUUUGUAUUGUCUUUAAAAAGAAGAAAGAAAGAGAAAGAGAAAGAAAACUCAUCCUUCUCUCCCCUUUGUGUGGAUAAAGUUCUUUGGUAAACCCUGUAUCUUCAUCUCCAUCAUCAUCAGCUCAUCUCUCUCUCUUUACAAUCUCUUUCUUUUCUUUCUUUUCUUCUUCCUUCUCUUUCUUUCUUGGCUUCUCUCACAUUCUCCCAAAUCUUUUUUUCUCUCCCUUCUUGUGUCUGCUCUUCAUCUUCUCUUCUUCUUCUCUCAUCAUCUUGUAUCUUUUCUUUCUUUCUCUCUUUCUCUCUCUAUUUCUUCUUCUCUUUUCUUCAAAACCUCAUCAUGAUUUACUUUUCUGGAUUCAAGAGAUAAUAAUCCAGAAUAAUUUUUUCUUUUCUACUUCUCUUCAAUUUUGUUUAAAAUUGAAGAUUGAAAAAAAAAGGGAGAGAGAAAAAAAUAAAUAUUCUAAUCUAGAGACCAAGAGGUCAAUCAUUAUUUUCUGUUGUUCUGAGAAAACCAAACAAAACCAUCACCUCUAAUUGUAACCUUUUACAUUCAUCAUCUUCCAUUUGAAAGCUCAGUGUUUUUAUUUAUUCUAAUUGUGUCUUUCUUAAUUCUCUUCUUCCAUAGCUGUCAUCUAAUCGCCAUUUAUAUUCAGUUAAUCAUUGGAUCCAUCAACUCAAACAAGAGUUAAUUUGAUUGUUUUGGUUUUGUGUCCAAUUGAAUGGAUUCAAAUUAUUUGGGUAGAUUAUCUGGUCUCUCCGAUGACCAGAUUACCAAUAUGCUGGUCAAUGAUAAUGGAAAUAUUCAAUUAAGCUCAGAAUUGAUGAAUCAAUUUGCCAUUACACCAAAACUGUGCGCCAAGAUAUUGCUUGAUAUGUGUGAUCCCAGUAAAAAUCAGGAAACACAAAUGAUGUCCUCCCAAAGGUUUGAUGAGAUUGAUUCAGCAGCCAAUUUAUGCCGUGAAUUUUUACCCUCAUCACCUUUAAUGAAUAUUAUCCAAGCAAUAGAUAAUUCAUCAAACUACUUAUUAUCAAAGACUUCGUCAUCAUCGUCUCCAUCUUCUAGACAAUUGGUACCUCCUGGACUUUACAGUAAUGAUAAUGAUGUCAAAAAUUCAUCAGUUCAUCAUUCAAUUAGUGAUCUUAAUGGUAGGAUUGAUAAUUUAUCAUUAAACGGAUCUAUGAAUGCAUUUAACAGUCAUCAAUCUAGGCAACAUCAGCAACAAUUUACAUCUUCUCAAUUACCUUUAACAACUCAGUUAAAUAAUGUCUCUCAAGUUGGUCCAAUUUCAACGAAACAAAAUCAACUUCAGAAUUCACUCCAAAUACACCACCAACAACACCAACACCAACAACAACAACAACAACCUCAACGAGAUUACAUGUUCGAUGUGAAUAAUAUAUUCCCAGAGCCACAGUUGUCAAUAAGUCCCGAAAUUGAGAAAGAAGCUGCUACAUAUUUCCAGCGAAUCUACAAUCAAUCAACUAGUGAAAAUUUGAGCAUUAACGAAAUUCUUGACAUGCUGAGUCGAUUUCAAUCAUCACCCAAUAAACAGGAGCGAGAUAUAUUCCAUUGUAUGAUAAAAAAUCUUUUCAAAGAGUAUUGUUACUUUCCACAAUAUCCGGAUAAAGAAUUAUCAUUAACAGCCCAACUAUUUGGUGGUAUAAUUCAACAAGAUCUAGUUAAAUUUGUUGCCCUGGUAGAUGCACUUACCUGUGUAUUGGAAGCACUUCGUCAACCCUUUGCAAGUAAAAUGUACUUUUUCGGGAUUGCGGCAUUAGAUCAAUUCAAGUCAAAAUUGAAAGAGUAUCCACUUUACUGUAGACAUUUAACCGCUAUACCACAUUUCAAUGAGUUUCCACUCACCCUUCAAGAAUAUAUUCAAUUUGGUACUGCUUCAAAAGAUCCUCCUUCGACCCAGUUUCUUACUGUUGAUGAUGUUGGAAAUUCUGUUGAAUCAACUACACUUCACCAUCAUCAUCAGCAGCAACAACAACAGCAUCACCAUCAACAUAACGUAACAACAUCUCACUCGCCUGUUUCAUCUUCUUCAUGUCAUCAUCCUAAUUCAGGUUCAACUGGUCUCAUUAUGAACUCAUUGAUGGGUGUCAACAAUAACAUGAAAAAUGAUGUUAAUCUAUUGAUGCCCGAAUUAAUUAAUAAUAAUAAUCAAGGUAUUAUUAUUGGAAAUAGUUCAGGUAAUCAUCAUAAUACAAUAAGUAAUCACAUUGGCGGUAUUGGUGGUAAUGGUGGUGGAACACAAGAAUUAACUAUUGGUAAUUGUGGUGGACAAGCAUUUUCUCCAAUUCAAUCUGAAUUAACUAACGAAUCAACAGUUAAUUUAAUAAAUAAUAACAACAAUUCACUUGCAUCAAGCCCAAUAAUUAGCAGGCCAACAAUAAAUCGUAAUGGACCAUCAACAUCCAAUACAAAUACAAAUACUACUAAUACAACAAUUAGUAAUAUUAAUACCAAUAUCAAUACCAAUACUAAUGGUAAUCUUAUUGGUAAUAAUACCAAUACUAAUAAUGCUAAUAGUAAUUGUAAUAAUAAUAAUGUCAACAGUGCAUCUGAUAAUAACAAUUUAACUAUUGCUACUCCCGUUACCGUUGCUACUUUAUCAUCAACUACGAUUACUGAGACAAUCCAACAAACAUCAAGUGAACCUCAAAACCAUCAUGCAUCUACAUCUGAUCAACCUUGUCAUGCUUCCUCGACCACGACACCAACAUCUUAUAGUGAUAUUGUCAAACGAGCUAUAAAAGUAGUAUCAACAACAACCCCACCAACAACAACGGUAACAAACAACAACAAUAAUAAUAAUAAUAAUAAUAGUAAUAGUAAUAAUAAUACAACUACUAUUAUUACAACUGCACCAACAAAUAAUAUUACUUCAAGUAAUACAAAUGGUACAAAGGCAACGGUAAUUAAGAAAAGUAUUAAUAACAUGGGUGAUAAUAAUAUCAUGGAUUCAAUUGGCGGUAUUGAUAAUCCAAAACAAAAUGGUACAAUUGUUAAUGGUAAUCAUGAAAGUAAUAACUCCUCUUCUGGUUCUAGUGCUAAUAAUAAAAAGGUUAACACCAAUGGUUGUGAUAACCAAACAAAUGGAUAUGAAAAUUAUACUAAUGAUGAUCAAAGCGAUUUAACUAAUUAUAGUAACAACUAUUCUAAUAACAAUAGUUGUGAUAAUAAUUCAAUUAAUUCAUCACAGUGUGUUAAUGGCUCGACUACUACCGGUAAUAAUAAUACUAAUUGUAAUGGUAAUUUGACUAAAUUGAAGCCAACCAAUAUAUGGGCUUAUAAUGGAUUAAGAGUUUCCAAUGUGUCAUCUAGCUGUUCUCGGUCAACUUUACAAUCGUUAUUCAAUAAAUUUGGACGUGUUAAACUAAUUGAAAGGAUUAACAAAACAAUUGAAAACAGUAUUUGGGUUUAUUAUGAUAAUCCAAGUUCACCCGUGGAGGCAGCGCAUAAGCUUCAAGGUAUCGUGAUGGAAGGUAUCUCAGUUAAUGGUUCGGUACCAUUGCGACUUUAUUUUGCUCCAACUGAUGAUCAAAAAGAUCUUAAAUUUUCUCGACCAAAACAACCACCAGAUAAUAAAGGUGAAUGUUACUAUUGGCGGACAACUAAUUGUUUCUCUCGAGAGCAAUGUCCUCUUCUUCAUAUACCUGCUAAUAAAAACAUCGACGCUCAGAUUUGGAUGGGUAAAAUGAACAAAGAAUCAACUGGUACUAGCAAUCAACCUCAACAACAACAACAACAACAAUUAAUAAAUCAACAACAAUCUAAUAGCAAAUAAUGCAAAAGCUUCCUAGGAAAUGUACAAUUGAAAUCCCUGUUUUCAAAUUACAACAACAAAAGGAUAAAAUCAUCAACUUUAAAUUUCCUCUUAAUUUUCCCUUCGAUUUACUCUUUGAAAUUAAUAACACAAAAUGAAACAUAAACAAACACUUUUCUCCGUUAAAAUCUUAUACCAGAUCAGAACGACAAAAACAACACCAGGAUUCAAAGUUUUUAAAGAUGACAAAUUGCUGAUUAAUUACUAAAAAGAUGAUAAUCACGAUGAGACAAAGAAAAAAACAUCUAAACAACAAGAAACUCCAAAAAUUCAAUUUUCAAAUAUCUUCUUCUUCUUCAAUGGUUAACUAAUUCACCUUUUAUCUCAAUGGGAUCGAAAUUGAUGAUUUGUUUCAUUUGAAAGAGAAACAAUUAACCAAUCAAGGAAAACUUCAGUAUCGAUAAAAUAAUAAUUAACAAACACAAUCAACAAAAACUUAUUCACACUUGGAAUUUAUAAAUCUAUAGUUAGAUGACUCGAGAAUACUUAAUUAGCACCAGGAAUUAAAUGAAAGCCCGACUACCCGUUUAUGGAUUUUAAUUAGCAUUUUCUGUUCCUUAAUAUCACAAUUAUUAUUUUAAUUAUUACCAAUCAAUUAUUAUAAUUAUCUUACCUUUUUUUAACCUGAUUUUUAAUCAGAUUGUAAUUACCUUCUCAUGGAGUCAAGUUAAAAAAACACCACCAACACAAACACUUACAACUGAACGACACUUUGGAGGACAACAAAAUCAUCAAUCUAAUUGACAAAACUUAAUCAAAUCAAUUUUGAUUAUCAAACUUUUUUUUCUAGCUUAUCAAUACAUAUACACUAAUUAACGUAAAGUAAUAUAUGUAAUUAAUGUAACAUCUUUGUUUCCUGGAGGGAAAAAAACUGUCAAGACUGAGGUAAACAAACAAAUUAUACCAAACCAACAAAACCCUACACACCUAAUCAGUAGUAAUUAAGACUUAUAUAAAUUAAUUAAAUUAAACUAAUAUUAUGAUAAUAAAUUAAACAAAUUACACAAUUGA